AUGUUUUUCGCUUGCUAUUGCUGGCUUUUUUUGAUAAGUAUCAGCAGUUUAUCCACAGUCAACCUAAAACGGAGUGUGAGGGCUGUGUUGGAGGCGAAACCAAGGCAACCCAAGGUGGGGCCGUUGCUGCGUUGGCUGAGUCGUGUUCCCCGAGAUCAGCACUGCCAUUCCAGCAGGUAUUUCAGUAUCUGCUGCAAAAUCGAGAUCGGUCAUCUGUCUGUCCACCGAACUAGCGGAAUCGGAGGUGCUGUCCGCUCCUUCGUUGGUCGCUCCAGCCCCGGGGUAACGCCUUGCAGAAUGGGCCUCCUCCUCGAACUCAAAGUAGCAAGCGCCACGCGUGGAAAUUCGUCUACGGUGCUUGUGUAG